AUGGGCGUCGAAUCCUCCGCCCAUCAUGGCGAGAAUAUCUCGCCGGCUCCUCAGCCCGAGUCCCCGGCUCAGAAGCCCAUGGAUGUCGGCGUCGACACCCACAUUCCAUGGCUGACCCUGCGCACCUUCGUCAUGGGUGCGUUCGUCUCCAUCGGUGGCCUGCUCUUCGGUUAUGAUACCGGUCAGAUCUCUGGUUUCCAGGAGAUGAGCAACUAUCUGGAGCGUUAUGGUGAACUCCAGUCCGACGGCUCCUAUGCCUUCAGCACCGUCCGCUCCGGUCUGAUUGUGUCUCUGCUGUCCAUCGGUACCUUGAUCGGUGCCCUCUGCGGUGCACCCCUGGCCGACUGGCUGGGUCGGAAAUGGUCCAUCACCCUCUGGUGUAUCAUCCUCAACGUCGGUCUGGUCGUCCAGAUCAGUUCGCCCGCUGGCAAGUGGUACCAGAUGGUCGUUGGUCGCUGGGUCACUGGUCUUGGCGUUGGUGGCUGCUCUCUUGUCGUUCCCAUGUAUCAGGGUGAAUCCGCCCCCCGUCACAUCCGUGGUGCCAUCAUCUGUUGCUACCAGCUCUUCGUCACUCUCGGUAUCUUCCUCUCCUACCUCAUCAACCUGGGCACCGAGAACCUCGAGGGUAGCACCGCUCAAUGGCGUAUCACUCUGGGUCUGACCUUCCUCUUCGCCCUUGCCCUCGGUGGUGGCAUGCUCUUCUUCCCCGAGUCGCCUCGUUUCGACUACCGUCACGGCCGCGUCGACAACUGCCGUCGCACCCUCGCCAAGUUCUACGGUAUCCCCGAGAACCACAACCGCAUCAUCGAAGAGUUGAACGAGAUCCAGGAGCAGCUCGACGCCGAGACGCAGGAACAGAAGUGGCAUGAGUUCCUCACUGCUCCUCGUAUGUUCUACCGUAUCAUCCUGGGUAUGAUCCUUCAGUCGUUGCAGCAGCUUACCGGUGCCAACUACUUCUUCUACUACGGUACCACCAUCAUGCAAGGUGCCGGUAUCUCCAACAGCUUCGUGACUCAGGUCAUCCUGGGUGCCGUCAACUUCGGAACCACCUUUGGCGGUCUCUACGUCGUUGAGAACUUUGGUCGUCGCAAGUCUCUCAUCGUCGGUGCCAUCUUCAUGUUCGUCUGCUUCAUGGCCUUUGCUUCCGUCGGUCACUUUGCCUUCGACCACGUCACCCCUGAAAACACCCCCGGUGCCGGUAAGGGUAUGGUCGUCCUCGCCUGUCUGUUCAUCACUGGCUACGCCAUGACAUGGGGUCCCAUGAUUUGGGCGAUUUGCGCCGAGCUCUUCCCCUCCAAGUACCGUGCGAAGGGUAUGGCCCUGGCCACCGCCUCCAACUGGCUCUGGAACUUCCUCAUCGGAUUCUUCACUCCCUUCAUCGCACACGAGAUCGACUUCGCCUACGGCUACGUCUUCGCCGGCUGUCUCUUCUUCGGUAUCUUCGUCGUCUACUUCUGCGUCAUUGAAGGUCGUGGCCGUACCCUCGAGGAGCUCGACUGGAUGUACGUCAACCACGUCGCCCCGUGGAAGAGCGAGUCGUAUGAGAUCCCACGCAACGAGCUUACGUACGACACCACGCCCCGGAAGGAACAGGAAGUGUCGCAUGAUGAGAAUGCAUAG